CAUCAGUGACUCGCCUACCCAUCAAGUGGAUGGCUCCAGAGUCAAUCAACUUUCGCCGUUUCACCUCUGCCAGUGAUGUUUGGAUGUUUGCUGUUUGCAUGUGGGAGAUCCUUAGCUAUGGCAAGCAGCCUUUCUUCUGGUUGGAGAACAAAGAUGUCAUUGGGGUGCUGGAGAAAGGAGACCGUCUCCCCAAGCCAGAUGCCUGUCCACCUAUCCUUUAUGCUCUGAUGACCCGCUGUUGGGAUUAUGACCCCAAUGACAGGCCCAAGUUCAAAGAAUUGGUCUGUAGUUUAAGUGACAUUUACCAGAUGGAGAAGGAGAUUGCACGGGAACAAGAGAAGAAUAAUCGCCGUCGCCCCCCAAAAAUCAUGGAGCCUACCUCUUUCCAAGAGCCCCCUCCAAAGCCCAGCAGACCAAAGUACAAACCACCUCCCCAGACCAAUUUACUGGCCCCCAAACUUCAGUUCCAGGUGCCCGAGGGUCUGUGUGCCAGCUCACCAACGCUCACCAGCCCCAUUGAGUACCCAUCACCUGUCAACUCUCUGCAUACCCCACCUCUCAACAGACACAAUGUCUUCAAGCGCCACAGCAUGAGGGAGGAGGAUUUCCUUAGACCCAGUAGCCGGGAAGAAGCCCAGCAGCUGUGGGAGAUGGAACGGGCUAAAAUGCGUCAGCUCCUCGAUAAACAGCAGAAGCAGAUGGUGGAGGACUAUCAGUGGCUUCGGCAGGAAGAAAAAGCUUUGGACCCCAUGGCUUCUGUGAAGAGCAAUUCUAACCCCCCAAAACUGCCAGAGAAGGAAACAAGCUACACUGAGUUUACAGGACCACCCAAAAAGCCACCCAGGCUUGGACCACAGAUGUCCCUACAGCCGACUCCCACAGCCAAUCUCGAUCGAACAGAUGAUCCUGUGUACAGUGAUGUCAUGGGGCUGGUGAAGGCUGUCCUGCGGUUGAAGAAUGAAGUCAGCAACCAUCCACCUGAGCGAUAUAUUCUAGUUGUUAAAGAUGUGGGUCUUUCUCUCCGAAAACUCAUUGGGAGUGUGGAUGACAUCCUUCCGGUUCUACCUGCAUCCUCACGCACUGAGAUUGAGGGUACCCAGAAGCUCCUAAAUAAGGACCUUGCGGAACUGAUCAACAAGAUGCGUCUGGCUCAGCAAAAUUCUAUGACCUCAUUGAGCGAGGAGUGCAAGCGCCAGAUGUUAACGGCUUCGCAUACUCUGGCUGUGGAUGCAAAGAAUCUCCUGGAUGCUGUAGACCAAGCCAAGAUGCGAGCCAACCUUGUGAAGGUCUCUUUUGAGUGAUCGAGAGGGCUGACUUACGGAUUUUUUAACCAUCCCUCCACAACUUUCACAUCCUGUCCCCCAUCCUGCCUCACCAAAAACUGCUUGUAUCUUUGAUUUUGUCAUGUCUGUCUUCUGAGAGCAACGGAGAAGCCAUGCUCAGGGCAAGGAAGAGACCUUUUUUUUUCCCUUCAGUGUUCUGUGGACAAUGCUGCUAAGGGCCACUGUGUGCACGAGAGGAUCCUAGUCCCAAGGUGAGGAUUCUCUAAACCAAACUUUGAACUCUGAAUCUGCACCAGUCGUCCCAUCAUAGAAAGUGACUUCCGAAUAUAUUCUGUUUCCUUUUGACAGUACCUCUGGCAUCAAGUGAUACAGUUUGUCCCACUGGUGAAAGGAAUCACAGGCAGGGAUGGGUGGGGUAGCUUAUGAGCCUCUACACUGUUCUCAGGAUAAGCAAAAAAUAAAAUAAAAUGACACGUAAGAUUUCUCCUUGGUUGAUCCAAGGGUUCUAAAAAGCCUAGUGAGGGAGAAUAUGUUUGCUAGGUCUUGCUACAUCUAUUUUGACUGAAGAUGUUCCCAUGGGGAUGCUGGUUCCUCAGAAGAGACUGUGCAUCUUUCUGUGUUGUAUAGAAACAUAUAUUUAAUGGCCCUGUCUGAAUGUGUGCACCCUCCCUAAAUCUUCUUCCCUUAAUAGCCUCAUUUAUUGAAUUUUUGAACCAGUUUAAAACAUAGAUCUCUCUCUGUCAAUUAUACAGAUUCAAAUAAAUGUAUAAAGCCAUAAGAAGUACAGAAGGGCAUCAGGGUUUAAGAAUUUGGAAGCGUUUCAGCCAUUAUAAGCUGGUUAACUUGAAAAGUUACUUGUAGCCACCACAAUGUUUCUGGGUUUUUAGGUAUAAGGUUGCAAGUUUAGAUGUAAACGACAUUGGUACAGCUUGGGAGGGGGGUGUUUGUACAUAUCUUCCCUACUCUUAUAAAUAUAGAUCAAACACAGAUCUGAUUCCAUAUUUGCUACUGAAUUAUAAUUUGAAAUUAAAGUUUCCUGGUAAGCAUUGGUAUUAUGCCUCAUAAAUAUGGGGCUUACAUUUUGCUACUAAAAUUGACGCUUCUGUUGAAAACAAGCACGUUUUGAAGGAUUAGAAGCCAUUAAUAUGUUUGUAAUCCUAUUGUCUUGAAUGCAAGUAUCUCAUUCCUGAGGGAGAGGAAGGGAUGGGGGGGGAGGAGAGGGAGGAAGCUGGAAAAGGUGCCUAAGAAAUUGACAAGGUAUUUAUAUUUCUAGACCUACAUGAGGUCUGCACAGUUUAUCCAUACUUCUUCAUAUUAUCUUUAUGUGUUUAAAAAAAAACAAGUUUAGAAAACUUUGUUUGCUAUGUGGGUUUUGACCAGAAAAUUAAAGCAAUGUUGUUUAUUUUGCCUGAGAUAAAUUAAAUAUAAAACUCCAGUGGCUGAUCUUA